CACCCCCAGAAAACAUAAAACAACCGAAACAAUGCGCCUCCUCUCCCUAGCCCUCACCGCCCUAACGGCCACCCUGGCCGCCGCCUCCUCCUCCUCCUCCUCCUCCUCCUCCUCCCUUGGCAUCGAAGUCACCUACCCCGUCGAAUGCAGCCGCAAGACCCAAAGCGGCGACACGGUGCACAUGCACUACCGCGGCACACUGGCGGCGGACGGCUCCGAGUUCGACGCCAGCUACAAGCGCGGCCAGCCGUUGGUGUUCAAGUUGGGUGCGGGGCGGGUUAUUAAGGGCUGGGACCAAGGCCUGCUGGACAUGUGCAUCGGCGAGAAGCGGACGUUGACGAUUCCGCCCGAGUACGGGUAUGGGAGUCGUGGCGUGGGCCCGAUCCCCGGCGGGGCGACGUUGAUCUUCGAGACGGAGUUGGUGGGGAUUGAUGGGGUGGCGAAGGAUGAGUUGUAAUUGUUCUUAAGUUUGGUUUUUGUUGGAGAGAGGGGUUGGGAAAGGGGGUGUAUGAGAUGGGUGGAUGUGGAUGUGGAUCUUGAUGUGGCUUACUCGUUACUGCACAGUACAUAACAUCGAAAUGCUAAAGUCCAGCUUUAUUUCUAAAAGGCGCAAGU